UCCGGUCGGCUGUCUAAGGGCCGGGCUGGGCGGGCCGGGUGGCGCUGGGAGGGCUGGACUCCCAGUCCCCGCUUUUCCUCCUCCCUCCGUCCUCCUCCUGGGGCCGUCCCGGGCUGCCGGGCCAAUGGGCGCCGAGCGGAGUGGAGCGGGAAGCAGAGCAGCUCUCUCGGUCCGUCCCGCCCCCGGCUCCCGUGGCACGGCGCCCACGCUGAGUUUGUGCCCUCAAACCACGCCGGUUCGCGUCCCCCGAGAGUCAGGCGAUCGAGUGCCACCCCUCGUUGCAACCCCGCGCAAGUGCCCGGGCGGAAGGGCAAGGGCAAGGUGGCAGCGGGCUGGGUUCGGGAAGCUGCCUCCUGAAGAUGCAGGAUGGCCGCAGAGCCGCCGUCCUCCAGCCUCUCCCACCGCACCACGGGCUCCACCUGCUUGUACCCACUCAGCCAGCUUCUGGGCAUCCCGCUGGACCAGGUGAAUUUCGUGGCCUGUCAGCUGUUUGCAUUGGGUGCUGCCUUCUGGUUUCGCGUUUACCUAACUCCCCUUAAAACCAAUUCCAAGAUCCGGCAUGCAUUUGCCACCCUUUUGGGCAUCUAUUUCUCCAUCUUCUGUUUUGGCUGGUACUCUAUACAUCUGUUUGUGCUGGUGUUAUUGUGUUAUGGAAUCAUGGUCACCACAAGCGUAACUAAUGUUCACAGGUACUCCUUCUUUGUAGCAAUGGGAUAUCUUACUAUAUGUCACAUCAGCCGAAUAUACAUUUUCCAUUAUGGAAUUCUCACUACUGAUUUUUCUGGGCCCCUGAUGAUUGUAACUCAGAAGAUCACAACCUUGGCCUUCCAAGUUCAUGACGGAUUAGGUCGAAAAGCUGAAGACCUCUCUGCUGAGCAGCAGCGGCUCGCUGUGAAAGUAAAACCCUCAUUUUUGGAAUACUUAAGCUACCUUCUGAAUUUCAUGAGUGUCAUAGCGGGCCCUUGUAACAAUUUCGCUGACUAUGUGGCCUUCAUUGAGGGGAGACACGUGCAGACGAAGCUGCUGGAAGUGAACUGGAAGCAACGCCUCCCUCCCAGCUGCCCAGAACCUUCUCCCACUGGAGCUGUGAUACGCAAGUUAUGCGUCACCUUGGUGUCUCUCCUUUUGUUUUUGACGCUCACGAAGACUUUCCCUGUCACAUGCCUUACUGAAGAAUGGUUUGUCCAUGAAACGAACUUUUUGACUCAGCUCUGCUACUUAUAUAUUGUCACCCAAGCCUCCAAGCCCAAGUAUUAUUUUGCAUGGACAUUAGCGGAUGCAGUCAAUAAUGCAGCUGGCUUUGGGUUCAGCGGAGUGGAUAAGAAUGGAAAUUUCUGUUGGGAUCUGCUUUCUAAUCUAAACAUCUGGAAAAUAGAGACUGCCACAAGUUUCAAGAUGUACUUAGCAAACUGGAAUAUUCAGACAGCUGCUUGGCUAAAAUGUGUGUGCUACGAGCGGGUCCCGUGGUACCCCACGGUGCUAACCUUCAUCCUGUCUGCGUUGUGGCAUGGUGUCUACCCUGGAUACUAUUUCACCUUCCUAACUGGAGUCCUUGUCACAUUAGCAGCUAGAACGGUGAGGAACAAUUACCGACAUUACUUCCUGUCCUCCCAAGCUACCAAGGGCAUUUAUGACGUGGUCACCUGGGCUGUCACUCAGCUGGCCGUCUCCUACACGGUCGCGCCCUUCAUUCUGUUGGCCGUUGAGCCAACCAUCAGUUUAUACAAGUCCAUGUAUUUUUAUUUACACAUCAUAAGUCUCAUGAUAAUACUAUUUCUGCCAGCCAAGCCACAAGCUCACACUCAAAGGCAGCCUCAGACUCUGAAUUCUGUUAAUAAGGAGAAAACAUACUGAUACCUCCAAGAAGAACUGAGCAAGUGAAGCUGCGACACCUGUGAAAGAGGAGAUGCCAAGGCUCAAGGAUGCUCCAACCACUCAGAGGCCAAGUUUACAUGCAGCUUUUUUUUUCUUUUUGAAGUGCAGGGAGUGUUGUUUUUUUGUUUGUUUGUUUUUUUUCACUUUUAUACAAUUAAAUUGGCCAUGUCCAGUUUAUUUGUUGGCAUAUUUUUAUAGGAUGCUUGAGUGGAUUUGGAUGUGUUGGAGCAUGUACCAGGAGCUUCAGAGACUGUCCGUUCUGGGAUGUGAGACUGAAUCUGAAAACGUGGAUUUCCAGCCACUGAAAUCAGGAUGCUGGGUACCCAGGCAUUGGCUCCAAAAGUGGGAAGGUGAUUGCUAAGGAGUCUUGGGGUGGGCUUCUUCCAUCAGAGCAUACCCACAGAGGCCCUGACUUGUAACAUCACUGGUUUGCAGAUUCAGUAACUGAGCCCAAAAGCCACAGCAGAUGGCACUGGGCUGUGAGGUUUCCUGGCAAUUGAGAACUCUACAAGCCAAGAAGUUGAGCCCUCUGUGCUUGAAUGGGCAGAAAAUCAGACAUGCCCUCAAGUAGGCUGUUUCUAUGUUCUGUUUCAGGAAUGUAACCCUUCAGCCUCUCUAUUCUUUUCUGUUCUGAACUGAGCCGUGAUUAGAAAUCAGAAAGUUUCCUGAAACAUGUAUACCAAGAGCCAAGGAGUGCAGCUGUUUUCUGAAUUUUUUUCCUGUUUGACAAAUACUGUCUGCUUGCCCAGGGAUGGGCUCAGAAAGACACCUGGAUGUUCACAUGAUCCACAGCACUACAACAUCUUGUGAAGAACUGAUUUUUUUUUUUAAACAGA